GGAAAGCUGGCAGUCUAGCAGAUGUUUAUGUUUAUGAAGUGGGUCCGGGGCCCGGGGGAAUCACAAGAUCCAUCCUCAAUGCUGAUAUUGCCGAGCUUCUGGUGGUUGAAAAGGAUACUCGGUUUAUUCCAGGAUUACAGCACCUGGAAAACUCCGAAUUGUUCAUGGAGAUGUGCUGACGUAUAAGAUAGAAAAGGCUUUUCCAGACAACAUUAGAAGACAGUGGGAAGAUGAUCCUCCAAAUGUACAUAUUAUUGGAAACCUGCCUUUUAGUGUUUCAACCCCACUGAUUAUCAAGUGGCUUGAAAAUAUUUCUCUUAAAAAUGGCCCUUUCGUUUACGGCAGAACUAAGAUGACGUUAACAUUUCAAAAGGAAGUGGCGGAGAGACUUGUAGCCACUACAGGAAGCAAACAGCGCAGUCGUCUUUCCAUUAUGGCCCAGUACCUCUGCAAUGUUGAGCACCUCUUUACAAUCCCAGGAAAGGCUUUUGUUCCCAAACCAGAGGUUGAUGUAGGAGUGGUGCACCUUAUGCCCUUGGUACAGCCCAAGAUCAAGCAGCCAUUCAAGCUGGUAGAAAAAGUUGUCCAGAAUGUGUUUCAGUUUCGAAGGAAAUAUUGCCACCGAGGGCUUGGAAUGUUAUUCCCUGAAGCACAGCGCCUGGAAAGCACUGGAAGGCUGUUACAGCUAGCUGACAUUGAUCCAACGCUCCGGCCCACUCACCUCUCGCUCAUGCAUUUUAAGAGUUUAUGUGAUGUGUACAGAAAAAUGUGUGAUGAAGACCCACAACUCUUUGCUUAUAACUUCAGAGAAGAGCUCAAGCAAAAGAAAAGGAAAGGUCAAGAAAAAGAUGGUGACUCAGAAAGCUGUGGGUUCUAACUGCUGUCUUAGGGCUCCCGACUGGCAGUCUCGAUCCACAGUGUGGAUCUCCACAUGUGGACAUGUGCUUCCCUCCCACUCUGUAAAGACAAAUACUGAUGACCUCAUGCCAAGUAGAUCCAAUGCAUGCAAGCUUUUUCUUUAAAUACAUAUAUAUAUGUAUAUAUAUAUAUAUUGAAUAGAUAAGACAUGUUUAGUAUAAACAGCAUUUAUUACAACCUUCCAAAAUGAAAUGUCUGCACAUUGUGCCCCUAAACCAUGUAAACAUAAAUGUGCUUUAAAUGAAGCAAAAACUAACAGCGCAAAGAAAAUGCCCAAAGGACUGGGGGGAGGGGCCUUUAAAAGCUAUUAAUCACAACGUUCCCAAUCUUAUCCCACAUAACUUAAAAUAAUUAGAAUGCAAUUUUAUUACAAGACUAAAAAUCAUUUGAUUCCUGCUCAAAAGGGAUAGAAGCUAGUAAUUUACAGAUUCUGACCAACUAAAUCUAGUUUUCUGAUUCACAAUAAAUUAAAAUAACUUAAAUCUUUACAGGUUUUGUGGAAAAUUAUAUACUGCAUAAAACCCAAACAUGAACAGUUUUCCUGCAGUUUCUAUUUUCCACCAAUUUGAAAAUGAGCAUUGUAACCACGCCAUACAGAUCACACUAGGAUUUGCCAUGGCUCUGUGUUUCAUAAAAACACUCCUCAUUAACAACUGAAGUUAAGCUCUGGACACUGAAUUCUCUCUCCAGAACCAAAUUUAGAUCGAUGCUGGCGGUUUCCGGGUGGCUGUCCAGGGACUGGUGACGUGUCUGCGCCUUGAGCAAAGUUCCUCGGCCCCUCUUAGUGCUGUUUGCUUUACGCUUAAUGGGGCAAAAGUGGCCCCUGACCAGCUUGGGCUGUUCACCCGGCCCUGUGAGAGGCGGCUGCUGCCCAGUUGAGUGCAUAUCGGGUUCCUCAGAGAUUCGCAGUCUCUGGAACUGAAGCUCAAUGUCCUUAGUAGGGCUGCCCUGUUUCAGAGGGUGGUGGAAGUCCUCCUCUUCAUCACUUAGAAUGUCGCUUUCUUUGAUGAGACCAUCUGGAAACUCUGCCAGGACCUCAUGAGCGUCUUUCUCCAGCACGGUGCUCUUACAGUCUUGUCUGCUCUCAGCUACUGGGCAGCCACUGCUCUGGGUGCCACUGCUCAGGCUGCACUCAUCCGAGUCCAGUGAGUUGCCCUUGCUGGGGUCGCUGGGCCACUCGCUGCUGGAGGAUGUUCUGAGGACCUUCAAAGACCUGGAUGAGGCUACCAAGAAAAAAAGCACAUUUCUCCAUAUGACACAGAAACAGAGUCUACAAUGUAGAGUUAGGGCCUCAGGGGUGACAUUUACAUGAAGAUUUUAUUAUGGGGAGUAGGUGGCAAAACCACGUAGUUAUGUCAAACCAUGGACUUACUGAUAUCUUUAGGGUUUUGUUGUUGGGUCUCUUAUAUAGCUGAGGACAGUUUUAAACCUAGCUUCUACUCUUGAGUGCUAUGCUCGCCUGGCUUUAUGCAUGCUGGAGAUCAGGAGUUUGAUGAAUGCUGGUAAGCACUGUGCCCACCUAGACAUAUCCCCAGGCGUGUCUGAAAUGAAGUUGGGAUUCGGCCGUUUUUUAGAUUCCCAGAGCUUUAUCAUAUAGAUAGAACAAUAAAGUACCGACUCCUAUAAGGGCUAGAGUUACUAGUUUGCCAAUGAGUAAAUUGAAUAGUUAAUCACUAAUAAAAAUUUAGGUUACAUUUCUUUUACCUCGUAAUCUGAAAAUAUACCUCAUCUCUACACACAGCUUCCCUAUUUAUGUCCCUAGAUGCUCCGUUAGAACCUAAAAAUGUUCUUACCUCUCUGCUGGAAUUUAUAAUCAUUAAGAGAAUUAACAUUGUGAGCAUUUAAUCGUGUGGGGUGGUGGAGUGGUGAUUGAGUGUGUUCUCUAGAGUUGGAAAGGGAAUUCUUAGUUUGGGUGCUUCUGUAAGCCAUUAGCCCAUAUUAGUUCACAGACUAUCUUGACAAUAGAAUAUAUGCAGAUGUGGAAAGAUUGCAUUGUGUGGUGAGUGGGGAGAAGGGAGCAGGAGACUGUGUGUGCCCUAUAAGAUUACAAAGAAUUUAGGGAUCUAGCUCAGUGGUAGAAGGCCUACCUAGCAUCUAUCCAAAGGUCCUGAGUUCAAUCCCUAGCACCACUAGAAAAAAUUAAAUUUUAAAGAAGAAACAAAAUGCUAAAUUUGGAAAGUAGGCAAAAAGAUUAAGAACAGUAUAAUCUAGGCUGAUGACCUGCUAUCAGUGAUCAAAUAAGAGUGAGUAGAUCCAGUCUUGUGAUCCAAAGUAAGUACUGACUUUCAGGAAGCCUAGGACUAGGAACCCUCAGAGGAAGCAAAGGCCCUUGAUCAUCAAUGGAUUCAGUUAUAGCUGUAUACAACCUCAUGAUGUUUUCUUCAUUGGAACACAGGGCUGACAAAAUUCUCACCUAAUUUGGCUGAAACAGGAACUCGGUUCUUAAGAGGUACCAGCCGGUCCUUACAUGUCUUCUCCAUUGGUAACUCACACUUUAUGUGGCGCCUGAAGUUCUCUCUCAGAAUAGAACGGAUCACCUUAACGAUGCUGGUUUUGCUCUCGCUGUCACUGGGGGAAUAAAAGAAGGAAUAUUCCUGGGGAAGAGCAGCAAGGGCUCCUAGCUUAACCAUCUCUCCAGUCCCUAAACUCCCCUUUUAAAGGGACAUAAUUAAGUCUUACAUCCUGUGUCAAGGGAAAUACCUGCAGCACAGUUGAAAGAUGGUCUCUGGCCGUCCUUCAAUUUCUGACUUGGUAUGAAUCAGCUCCCAGGUGGAAUUGUUUUCAGUCCCUGGGUAAAAGAAAGUGGAAACAAGAGUCCACAAGGUUGUCAAAAUGCUACAGUUGAGGAUACUUGGGGUAGUAACCAUUCAAAAAUCCCAAGGUCCUCUCUUCCUUUUCAUCCACAGCACACCGAGACAGUAACAAGUAGCUACAGAGCUUGGGCUGGAAUUCUCCACCCCUCCUUGGAGGUGCCCAUUUGUCUUGCUGGGUGGUAGAUUAUGCUGUUUGUUUUGCUUCUAUUGUGUGUGUGGAUUUCACGCUGUAGCCCAGGCUGUCCUUGAAUUUGUGGUAGGCACUUUGCCUCAGCUACUUAGUUCCAGAUCCUUGCUCCUCUUUAACAAGAGGAUUAGCUCAGGAACUUGAGAUGACAGAGCAGCCCCACCCUUGUCCCAUGCAGGCACGUUCUUAGAACCAUAAGCACCUCUGGCACAUAAACCUAUGGGUCUUUCUCAGCAAAGGCUCUUACUGCCAGUUAUUCUAGAAGAUCUUUGGAACAUUGUUCAGUCAAAGGGGUUCUUUGUUUAUUUGCAGUAUUCUUAAUAUUAAGGAAUUUCUAAUACAUCUAAGUUCAUAUAAUAUAAAUUUGUGGAACUUUGUUUUAGGAUAUCAAAACCUGCAGCAAAAAGGAAAUGGUUGACAGUUGUUGACUAUAAAAGUGAAGAAACAAUGCAGAGGCCAUAAAAGGCCAUCCAGUGCCACUUGGCUUCUUCCAAAGACUGUGAAGAAAGACAACCCAGUUCUCAUUUUUUCUGUCUAAAAAGUAAAAUACCCCUAUGCAAAAAUGACCCCAGGUGCAAUGGUUUGAAGAUGUCCCCAAGGCCCAUGCACUUCAAGACCUAGUGGCUAGCCUAGGGGGAGAUGGGGUGGAGGCUGUAAGACUGGGACCAAGGGGGAGGAUGGCAGAUCAGAGAAGGUGUGCUCUUAAUCACUCAGGCUCUCACCCACUUCCUGUCAUCCUCUGCUUCCUGUCCACCACUGAGUGAACAGAUGUCUGCCAGCACAUGCUCCUGUUACAAUGUACCAGGCUGCCACAGUACCACGGCCCCAAACCCAUGAGCUCAGAUAAAUUGUUCCUGCCAGAAAUCUUAUCAACAGGUAAGUCUUAUUCUUCACCCCACAGGCAUGAAAAGCACAUGGAAAUGUUUCUUGUCAUUGAAUUCCCCAAAGCGUUUACCUGCCGUGUUCCCCAGUCUAACUUGAAGCGCAGAUAUGGGGAUCAACCAGCGGAAUUUAAAUGGGUCCAAGUCAGCAGAGUUGUGAGCAGGCCGGGAAUUGGAGGGCUGCAGUGAGAGACCACCAGGAAGAGGUUACAGUUGUGUGUUGUACAGUGAGCAGAGGUAUCUUGAUAUGUGUGCAGGACUCUCGUGAGUGUCUAAGAUGCAUAGAAACCAGGUACACACCCAGUUCUCAAAGACCUCCCAUCCUUGGGUCUGAGACUGUGCCAAAGUGAGAGUUCAUGGAACACAAGCCUCCCUCUCUCUGCAAAGAAGGCAGCCUUGUCUUCCUGCAUGCAGUCUCCAGUUCCUGCUGGUGGCUUAUGGUAUCCAUGACAACAUUCUGAUCUAAUGCUUGGAGUUUUGUCUGGGUCUUGACUUUUUGAAUCAAAAUAAAAAUUAUUUUAAAGCCAAAA